ACUUGGAUUGAUUAGAAGAUGUUCUCAUAAAGUCAGACAGAGAGCCUGUCUGCGUUAAUUCCUGAUCUAUACAUCUGCAAUGAACCGCACCCUCAAUGGCACCAUCACUUCUGAGACUGGACCUGGUCUGACCCCGGGGGCUGAAGAUGGAACCUCUCUGUUUGGCGGUAGUGCCUCUGGAGCCAGUGGAGGUCUGUGGGUGACGUCCCUGCUCGGUGCCAUGCUUUUGGUCAUGUGCGCCAUAGGACUGGCGGGUAACAUUUACACGCUCGUCGUAACGCGCUCCGCCGCUUUGUGCCGGAUGGGUUCCAUGUACGUCUACAUCGUCAACUUGGCCCUGGCCGACCUGCUCUACCUCUCCACCAUCCCCUUUGUUGUCUGCACCUACUUUGUCCAGGACUGGCUGUUCGGCGAGGCUGGCUGCCGCAUCCUCCUGAGUCUCGAUCUCCUCACCAUGCAUGCCAGCGUCUUCAUUUUGGUUGCGAUGAGCUUAGAACGUUACCGUGCCGUUGCCAAGCCCUUCAGUGCCCACAGAUCCUCGUCUCGGAACCGACGACUCACUGCAGGAGUUAUUUGGGGGUUGGCGUUCACGCUAACGCUUCCCAUGAUUGUGAUGAUACAGCUCAGGGAGGCCAAGGGCCUUGUGAAGAGAAUCUGCUACCCUACCUGGACACCUGAAGCUUUCAAGGCUUACCUCACAGUACUGUUUUUCACAAGUGUCUUAGUCCCUGGACUGAUAAUCGUUGGACUGUAUGCUGGGCUAGCACGGCGCUACUGGACAGUGCAGGCUAGCUUAGGAGGUAGCAGCCGCUCAGCCCGGAGGAAAGGACUCAAACAAAAAGUGCUAGCGAUGAUAUUAAGUAUCGUAGUAGCCUAUUGGGUGUGCUUCCUACCAUUUUGGGGAUGGCAGAUAGCUAAACUUUUCUCCCCAGAUUCCCUCAAACCUUUGUCUGCAGCUGCUCACAAAUACGUCAAUUUCUUUGUCACAUGUCUUACCUAUGGGAACAGCUGCAUCAAUCCAUUUCUUUAUACUCUCCUGACCCGAAACUACAAAGAUUAUUUGGCUCAGAAAGGUCCGUCUGGGGGAUCUAGCAAGGCUGAUCUUGGGACGGCUGUGACAACACCUCUUCAGGAACUCUAAUGGAUCACCGCACAUUCAGGCAAUGGAACGUCCUCGACUCAUCGGCCAUGAUCCGACAAUAUGAAGCUGGACAAAGAGACAUUGUUCAACUGCACAUAGACACUUUGAAGGCGUGUUUACUCUCCAUUGCUCCAGUUGGAGUUACCCAAGUAGUCUCAGUCACCAACUCAGUUUUUACAAUUGUUCAAGACAA